CCCUGACAGCUGCGUUUGUCAUUAAAAUGUCAGAAACGUCAAAGUCUACCCAAUUUAUCAAAAACAUGUUGAAUUUGUUUUUAAAAGAAGUCUUUCCAUUUUAACGUAAUCGCAGACCUUGAGUAGGGUGUAGUGGUGUAAUUGGAUGUGACAUUGGGUGUUAAAUGAGCUUCCAAAGUUUUGAACAAUUUAAGUAUUCUCGCGCGUCUAGGAUGUCAGUCAAUCAAAACAUUUCGAACAGUAAGGUUCAAUCAAAAGCAAAAAGAGGCUCUAUGAAUCGGCCACAAAGUGGUAUCAUCGAUGGGGACAUCUUUUACGGCUUCCGGUCAGACAUAGAAAAUGACUGCCCCCUUGCCCCAGCCUACAAGACGAAGCUGUUCAAUUUGUUCAGGCUCAUCGAGAAAGAGUUCGAUAUUUUGUACCAGGAAAACCAGUCAUUACAAGAUAAAAUCGAAGUUUUAAAUGAAAAAAUCGAACGGGACACGUUCGAUAAGCCCGACUGUGUCGAUUUCGAAAACAACAUUUCUAAAGUUUUGUCAAAAAAAUUGAGUUCGUCCUCCCAAAAGUCAAAAACCGCCCACAAACUGAAGGCUCAAACUAGCAAAAUCGUGUCCAGUUUUAAAGCACCGCAGUACAAUUGUGGCUUGGUGAAGAGCUACAUUGGACACAAGGACGGGGUUUGGGAGGUUUCUGUGGCCAGGCCAGGUGUUCCCGUCAUUGGCACGGCUUCUGCAGAUCACAGUGCGUGCAUUUGGAGUAUUGAAACCACUCGUUGUCUGCUCCAGUACCAAGGCCACACCGGAUCCGUUAAUUCAAUUAGGUUUCACCCCGCCAAAGAUCUGGUCUUGACCGGAAGUGGCGAUUGCAGCGCUCAUAUCUGGCAAGCGGCGCUAAACUGGGAUUUACCGAAGGGGCACUCGUCCGAGGAAGAAUUGGAAGGCGAGGAUCUCGAUGACAAAAUCGACUCAAAAAUCUCCACCCUUCGGACACCCUUCCGAGAAUUAUUGGGGCACAGUGGGGCUGUCUCGGCCGCCGAGUGGAUCGUGGGGGCCGACCAAGUCAUCACAGCUUCAUGGGACAGAUCUGCGAUUUUGCACGAUGUGGAGACGGGGUCUCUCUUAACCACCCUUUCAGGCCACGACCAGGAGCUGACCCACACUUCGACCCACCCCAGUCAGAGGCUGGCCGUGACUUCGUCACGGGACGCAACAUUCAGGUUGUGGGACUUUAGGGAGAGCUUGCACUCGGUGUCGGUGUUCCAGGGACACACCGAGAGCGUGACUUCCGCCGUUUUCACGCGGGAGGAUAAAGUGGUUUCGGGGUCGGACGACCGGAGUGUGAAAGUCUGGGAUUUGAAAAAUAUGAGAUACCCUGUGGCCACGAUUCGAGUAGAUUCGGCCGUUAACAGGCUGAGCGUUUCAGCAAACGGAAUAAUCGCAAUUCCGCACGAUAAUAGGCACGUUAGGUUGUUCGACUUGCAUGGGCAGAGGCUGGCAAGACUGCCGCGGUCGAGCAGGCAGGGGCAUAACAGGAUGGUGGCGAGCGCAGCUUGGAUCGACGACGUCGGAGGUGUGAACUUGUUCACCUCUGGGUUCGACAGGCGGGUGCUGGGCUGGAGCGUUGUUUCGUUGAAGGAUCAGUAAAAAGAUAACUUUCCUUGUAUAUGUGAUAAGUAUUUAUUAUUUUGAAUAUGAAUAUUUUUUUAGAAUUUUUUUCUGAUUAUGUGAAAGACAAAGUAUCGUAGUUGAAUAAAGACAAAUGUUGUUGAUAUUAGAUCUUGUUUGGAGGAUUUUCAUUGUAUUUCCAGUGGGAAUUUUCAAUUUAUCGAAUUCUUUCGUGGAGUCGGCUCAAAAUGUCCUAACAAUCACGUUACGCUCAUCAAGUUAUUAGGCACUAAAGGUUCUAGUCACUGGCAAAUAUUUUAUCCACUUCUUUGUCGAGUUUUCAUCCAAAAUAUGUCAAUUUAUUGUUACGAAUGGUGAUAAACUUACCCUUAGUUUACACUCUCUUUAAUGUAUCAUUGUUGUAUCUUUUGAUUGUUGUAUUAGUUGACUCAGUAAUAAAGCGAUAAAAUAUA